AUCCGUUAAGCUUAAAGACAUAAUAGGUCACCCCACAUUUUGCGCGCUUUGAAAAAAAAGAAUUCGUUAUUUUAAGUUUUCGGAUUUUCUCGUUUUGGGUACAAAGAUUCAAAGUCCUUAAAUCCUUAUCUAAGUUAACCACCAGCCUAGUUAGUUUGUUGUUUCUUUCCGCUUGCCCACACUUUCGCCGGGUAACCCGGAUUACUGUGUAUACCAUACCUACACCAUGGGUUAACCUCUAAGGCUGGUUUGCAGUGGAAUCCUUGCCCGCAAUUCAAUUAUCUUAUCUAUGCGGGGUUGGUGUAUAAGUAACAGUGGACGUGCAAGCCUAGCUUUGUUUGUCUUUGAGAUUUUCUGGAGAUACAACCACACGCGUUCUUGCUUAAUCAUUAGGGUAAUGAGCAACUUUAGCUGAAAUCCCAGGUCAUUGGCGGGCUUUGCUUUGGGUUGUAAGAUCGCUCCUAUAUCGAAUAGAAUGUACAUAUACAACUUUGGGGUAAUGGGCAACUCUGGGGUAUACUAUGGUGUGCACUUUUCAGGACCUUACCCUAUACAACUUUUCACUAUUGUUUUUCAUAUGCUCAGUAUCUUGCUUCUACCUAGCUUUCCAGAUCCACAAAAACACGAAGUCGGUUAUUUUUAACACAGACACCUACGUCACACGUUAACCACCGUAAGCGUUUGUAGUUCCGCCUCAUUAAGCUUCUUAUCUUAUGAUACGGUGGCUGCUUUACUUUGCAGCUACAAGACGUUGGGAUUCGAGUUUUUAGUAAUUGUUGGAAAGUUUCUGAAACAUUGAUUAUUUGGGCGAUUGGAACAUUAACGUGUGAUCUUUGUCUUGUUUUUGGGUAAUAUGAAAACCGUUUUAAACCGCCUAAUUCAUACCGACGUUCACGAAGGACUUUACAGCUUAAUGUUCCUUUCGUAACAUAGGCCACAGUAUAAAGUAAACAAAGUUACUUGAUCCUGUAAUUACCUGAUAUCCCUGGCAGAGUCGCUUGCUUACCUUUGAUAUUCGAUCGGCGAUUACAACACGUGACAAAGUGGCUCGAACAUAAUAAUGCUGUCACUUUUCAAUAAGUCUUAAUAUUGUCGCACGUGCUUGAUAUAUUGUAUGUGCUUUGCAACCUGAUACUGUGUCGUGGUAUAGAGGACGAAAUGUAAAAAGGAUUUCAAAGUUAAAUCGGUAAGAACAAGAUGUAAGCAUAAAGGUGUAAACAAAAUAUAAGGAUUUUAAAGUUUAGGAUUGUUUUAAAUUGAAGCGUUGAUAUGGGAUUAAUAAAUCGGGUUCACACCUUACGAAAAACGUUUGAGCAUAAUGAAUGUAUCGUAUCUUAUUACUAACGACUGUCGCUUUGCUGCUAUCGUAUUCUAAGAGAUAAGAAAAGAUUUCUGUUAUGUUUUGUAUCUUUGACAGUAUUUUGCAAUAAAAAAAUUUUGGCAUACAGUUUAAAGUCUAAACCGAUUCAUAAUUUGCACUAUCUUGCUAAGAACGUGUGGCAAGAACUAGGACAAGGACUAAGGAGACGGCUAAGCUUAUUAUCUUCGCACUUGUAAUGUUUAAUCUCAUGAACAUAUGCUCUGUUGGGUCACCGCGUUUGUAAGCAGCUUAUGGCGCUUUGGUUGCUUGAACGAUGAAUGUGCUUUGUAGAAUUAGUUAUGUGAUGUGCAGGAUAGUUUAGCAUAGAGUAAGUUAGAAGUAGUUGUAUGGUAAACAUUUCAUUCACGCUUACGAUAACAGUUAGCAAAGAAUGGUUAAAUAAAUGAAUAAAUGUAACUUUUUUAUCCUCGCAUGACAGGCAACGACAGUCGUUAUAACACUGGUGUUCUGUUUCAUUCAACUCGUGCUAGCUUUAGCGUGAACGUUAUUGUAGAAAGAUGCGGGUAUUCAAUAUGAAAUCCAGCGCCAGUUGGAUCAAUUGUUGGCAUUAUAAUAUUCGUUGUCUACUAGAGUCCAAUUUUGUUAUUUUCGUCGUAACUUGACGUCAAAGUAGAUCGCAAGAUAAGGAAAUUUGUCGCUUGUACUCUAUGUAUGUUUGUGGUAUAGACUGCGAUGUCGACUCCAGUUGAUCAUGUUUCUGAUAAAUCAUCUCUAAAUGACAUUCGCAGUGAAAUUCGCCGGGGUUUCAAAUUUCAAUUGUGCCGGGAAUUGUCGUUUGAUAUCCCGCCGAGACCUUGUAAAUUCCCGAUCUCGUUUCCUGUGAUUGACCGCAGAAAAAUGCAACGCAGAAAGCUGUUCCGCAAUCCGUAACCCGCUGGGAUUUCGGUCGCAAGUAUUAUUUAAAACUGGACCGAGCUAUAUUUUUGCUUCUCCUUUGUUCAGCAGCAGCAGGGCUUCUUAUCUAAGUCAGCUCUUUACUCAGGCCCGGUCAGUAGUCCCUGGAAUCCUUUAAUUGACGGCUGGAUUAAGAUAUCGCGAAUGUUCUGUUAUUGGUCAGCAAUGUCAGGAUUAAACGGUCGAGUGAAAGAUAUCAGGUUAUUUGUAGUUGGCGAUGAACGAAAGGAAAUCUAGUUAUUUAUUUUUUACCAAACAUGCGAACAAAGAGCGAAACUCUCCUCCUGCAGCCAGAGAGGGUCUGUUUAAAUGGUGAUGAUGUUAAAAAAGUUGAUUGUAGCACCAUUUACUUGGAGUAUAGCGGAGAGUGUAGAACUGCCAGACUGCCGAACGAAGUGACAAGCCUUGAUACAAUACGAGCUCUCUUCGUACAAGCAUACCCAGGAUUGCUAACGAUGCCAAUGCUUGACCCACAACGUCACUCCAUUUUAUUAAAAAACAGGAAGACGGGAAACUACGAUGAGAUCGAUAACGUGAGUCGCAUCAAGGAUCGUUCAUUCAUUCGAACUCGUCCGAUCGGGGGUUCAGGUAUUCCAUUGCCUGGGACCAAGAAGCCUACAAUCAACCACCCGAAGCCUGCUGCUAAACCAGUUAAGCCAAUACCGGGCAACAACCGAUCAAAACCACGGGUUACUGAUGAUGUAAAAAUUGCAGAACGCAACCAAAAGAACUUGAACAAAAGUGGGAUAAAAGCACCGGUUAAAUCCCUGAUCCGUCAAUACCAGUCUGCACCUAGUUUAAUAAAGCAAGCAGUGACCGGUUCAAACGAGAUAAAACCUGUUCAAAGUGGCGAGGAGACUCAGGGUAAAGUGAAACCGCCUCCCCCACCGCGGUCCGCAAAGCCAACAGUCGUAGCACAAACAGAAGCAGCCCAAGAUCAAGGCAAUUAUUCGCCUAACGGGACUCUAUUAUCAGGCAAUGGGAUUGGGGGUGGUAGUAUACCACAGAAAACUUUCUCGUACGUUAAAAGCGGCAAUGAGUCUCCAGUAAACCACCAACAACAGACAAUCACAUCCCCACCGCAGCAUAGGGGCCUGAGGCAACCUACAACUUCCAGGCUUUCCCCUCCAUCUGUUGAGAAGAAGUUUUCCUCCAUACCAACGCCAGGGUCAAAGCCGAAGAUCCAACUCCCUCCGAAUCCAACAAAACCAACCGAUGACGAACACCACACUAAGGAGAACGUGCCACGCCCAAAGACUCCCAACAUACUCCACCAAUCACCGCCCACCGUCACCAAACUUCCGCCUACGUCAUUCGCAAUGACGUCACCGAAAAAUGGCGCUCAACGCCUUCCCCAACCAAAACCUUUCGGCAUGAAACAACAUACAACGCCAGCGAACCGGUUCGGUGCAAAACGAACGUCCCCUCCAAACGUCCCAAACAAUAAUCAAUUGGUGCCGGAAACUGCGCCGGUCUAUUCAAAUAUAAAGCGGUCAGCCUCACCGGAAAGAAGAGCUACAAUAAACGGUACCGGUGGAUCAGCAGGUUACUGCAGGGGUGGUAGGUCCUUUAAAGGCCACCAGCUGAAACCUGUAAAUAUUCCAUCCGUUCCCGACACUGAAAUAGCUGCAGCUUCUAACCUGGAAGCCAAACCUGAUCUCAACGUGCCGGAGGUAGCUCAACCUGUAGAACCGCGGCAACCCAUUUCAUUACCCAGUGAUACCAAAUACUCUGCCAUGCUACCGAACCCUUGUACCACAGAUCAAGUGACGUCAUGCAGCUCCUCUACGUCAUCCGAUGACGUCACCGACCCUGGAAAAUCAAAGAUGUCAACGAAGAAGGGAUUGUUCGGGCUUCGGAGAUUGGUUUCGAACCGAAACAAGAACCCACAAAAUAUUCCGAAACGAAGUCAAAGCGAGGAGCGACCGAAGACAUCGGAUCCUUCGGUAAAUAAAUCCGACCUUCAUUCUCCAUCUUUCAACGAGUCCUUGGCUUCGUUUAGGUCAUCGUCCCCGGCUCUUCAAGUCAGCACGCCAGUGGUUCGAUCUUCACCCAUUAUGAGCAAGUCUCCUGCCAUACCGAAAAGUGAUCUUCUAAAUAGUUUGCUUACAACCAACAAGGAGACACCUGAGCCGAACACAGAUGUUAUGUCCACUUCCAGCUCGGAUGACGACAAGGACAAACCUGCUCCUCACCCCAUACUGGCUGGAGUGCUUAAAAACAACAACUUGGUCAAAAGCACUUCUUCCAGUUCGAUUUUGUCCGACUCCGGCGCAAGUAACGUGUCUAUGACGUCAUCCAUACGUACAAAGAAGGUUUCAUUUCAAGACGACGUAACAGUUUGUGAUGGUAAUGGGAUCAGUACGUUUAGUAACGGAUUGCGAGAACCUGACGCUUCUGUAGCUGAUGUAUCGUUCGAUAGGUCGAUGGAACAAUCGUUAUCUGUCGACACGCAUGAGGGUGCGGAGAAUGAGCCAAAGCAGUGGCGACCGCCCUCUAACGGUCCGCCUGCUCGAAAUGAUUUCCAACAGGUGGGCUACAGAGCAAGACCCGCAACACCACACAGGUAUGAACCACCACCAUACCAACCCUCCCCUCUUGCAUACCAAACCAACUCUCCUCGAUCGCACCAAUCAGCUGUGGCCGCUGCUAUACAAAGCAUAAGUGGGAAUGCGGAAACAACAAGCAGUGCUGCAAGGUACAUUCCAAGCCAACCUGAACAUUUCUCGGUAUCUUGCGCAUCACCUGUGCCAGUAGUAACCAGGCAGGGGCACGAGGCUCCACACAAGGAGGAAUGGAAUCCUCUCCGACGACAAUCCGCAGACGCAAGCUCUAACUCACCUUCAAUUACACAGCGGACAUGUCCUACCCCUGUGCCAACCGCCCCGCAUAAGUUAGCUGAGGUACAAGUAGAAAACGAGCCUUCAUAUUUCCAAACAGAGCGAGCGCCAUCUCGUUCUGAAACAUUUAACUCCGACACACCCCCCUACUACGAAUGCUGCGAAACUACGACGCCCGCCUCUGGCUCAAUUACACCAAGUCAAUUAAGAGAUGCGUUAAAGACACAGGACGAACAGUAUCAACAUCCAGUCGUUGAAUCUGCGGGCCCUGAGAAUCAAAGUUCUGUCACAUUUUCCUCUCUCCCUUUAUCUGUCCCACCAUCAGGGAACGUUUUGCCACAACCCGAAACCGAUGUUACGAACAAGAAGGUCAUGGCUAUGGAGCGCCAACUAGCGAGUUUAACCGGCAUGGUUGAAUCCAUUAUAACCAGUACCGACGGUGUUCAAACCAACAAGCCUGAACCCCCAUACCAGAAUCAACCAGUCGGUGGGAAUCUCCCUAAAACGUCACACACCGUCCAACAAGUGAUGACGUCAUCAGAGAUGGGACAACAACUCUUGAAGUUGAGGGAAACAGCUCAUAAUCUGAGAGAUCAAAUGACAGAUCUGAAACGACAGCAGAGGAUAAACAUGGAACACGUGAACGACAUUGUGAGCGAGAAAUCCCGGGAACUGGCUCAGUUUAUCGCUGUCACAGCAGGCGCCCAGCACCGACCGUUGCGUAUACGAAGAUUCCGACUUGACCAGCAGAGACACGCUUACUCCGAGGAUGCUACGACCACGGAACGAAUGCUGUCGGAGGUGGAAGCCGCCGUAGAAGAACUAAGGAAUGAAGUCGUGGAAAGAAGGUGCAGAGUUAACGCUCGUGAAGUCGAAGCUCUUGUUUUGCAACUCAGUCAAGCUGGAAGGACGGUAGCAAAGCUGAAAGGUUCAUAUCCUGCUCUAUGUGAAGAGAUACGAACCGUAGGAGCAGGGGAAACGGAAGUCAUUUACGCUGAAGAGAAGUUCGUUGAAGCGGAACCGACACGGUUGGAUGAACAGCUGAAACGAUGUCGGCAACUUACUGCAACACUUUUCACUCUGAAAAAGUUGGCUACAGUUCAAGAAGCGCGCAGUAAAACUCCGACUUCAUUCGGGGCAAUUCGUCCGAACACACCGAGUCAACUCGGGGCUCGAAGAGGUGAAGAUCCGAAUGCGAGCCGAGGAAGAAUGCUCGAGGAAGUUCGGAGGACUCGGGUCGAUCCUGUAAGAAGAAUGGAGAGCAUUCGGGAUGCUGAGGUUAGUUGGAUACGAAGGCGAAAGUACAACAGUGAAUACGACUCGAAAAAAUUCGAGAAGGCACUGGAGUUGGCUGAGAAGGCACUUAAUCGAACCAACCAUCUUUCACUGAUCGACCAACGUCGUCAUAACCACUUAAUGGACCUGUACAAGAAUCGUGACGUCAUGAACCACACACCACGUAGCAAUCUCACAACUUCGGAUUCGAGUUCCAUUGAAUCGUUACCCCCUCCUCCGCCCCCUAUGGAUCAUAUGGGUCAUCAAUUCCACCCUAAUCAACAACCGAGCUAUCCAUUACACCUCCCCCCUCCCCCAGCAGACCUUAACCUUCCCGGCCCACCACCACACGAGUAUUCUGUCAUCUCCCCCGACAUCGGGUAUAUGAGCUCGGAUCUCUCCCCGGAGCAUCGUGGCCAAACACAGACCGGCUCACUACCGAGGUAUUCAAACGCCACGCGGUUUCAUGGGUAUCAGCAGCUUGAACGAAGCCAUGGCACCAGCCACCCUGCUUAUGUGGAUUACCACAAUCAUGGCCGCCAGACGCCACAGAUGGUUGAAAGGUCACGAUCGGUGACGCCACACCACUGGAACCAGCGUCCCAUCACGCCACAGAUGUUUACAAGCGAGAUACCAGUCGGACGCGAGUUGACAGAAGAUCAGCGACGUCAUAUAUUGGAGCAACAACAUCUAAUGAACGAAGAGAAGAAUUGCAAGUUAAAAGAACAAUAUUCAAAGCUGCAACAACUACAACGGAAGCAGAGAAUGGCAAGCAAGAAAUAUGUACCGAAGCCGAACUAUCAGUCUAUGUCGAUGGCGGCUUCAGCAAAAUCGUCCGAUGUUUGAGAUUGAUUGACAGGUCAAGUAAAUGAGAAAUCAAUAUGCAGAACCGAGAGAAGGCCGGAGGGGUACGGGUUCGAAGUUCGAAGUUCACUGCGUGGAAGAUUGAGUUCAAAUGUCAGACUGAAAAAAGAAUGUAAGAGAGAGAGAAAAAGAGAGUGUGUGAGAUGGAAAAGUGUGUGAGAUGGAAAAAAGAAGAAAAAGUAGCAAGUCUUGUAAAUGCUACAGUGAACUGAAAAUUAAUUGUUGGAAAAUGUUCGUUUCAUAAUUUCGUUAAAAUGUCUUGUGUAAUUUCUCGUUUUUUUAUUAUUUUAUUAUUGUGUGUAGUUUGUAUUCGCUCGUACUUUUUAGCCUCGUUGCUAAUAAUUGGCUACUAGCCACCAUAUAGUUCUCCGCAAUAUACACUGUAUAAUUUCCGCACGAAUGUCGCGAAUUUUAUUUUGCAAUGCGUUUAUUUUACACUUGUUUCUGUUAUGCGCAAUAAUAAGUCUGGCUUGCAGCCAAUACAUAAAGUUUACAUUA